AUGAUACGUUCUUUAUUAUUGUGUUUUGUGGGUUUAUUAGCAUUGCAUCAAUCGAAUGCAAUUGCUAAUGAUAUCAUAUGGCCGAAACCGAUUGUUUCUCCAGCAUCUACGUCAAAAGCUGUUUCUGAUUUAAUAUCACGAGUGCUCGAUGAUGCUCUAUCUGCUAGUUUUUUUCAAAUUUCAAUCAAAGCCAAUUUAUCUGUCAAUGGCAAAGAUGUCUUUGAACUAUCUAAUGGAUCAACACCAGGUUCAAUACUAAUUUCAGCAUCAACAGGUGUUGCUGCUGCUUGGGCUUUUAAUUAUUAUUUGAAAUAUAUAGCAGAUAGUUCAUUUUAUUGGUCCGGAAAAAAUAUUCGAAUAUCUAAUAGAACAUUAUUUCCAAUAAGUAAACCUAUUCGAAUUGUUGCUAAUGAUUUGUAUCGUUGGUAUGGAAAUCCAUGUACAUUUAGUUACUCAGCUGUCUUUUGGAAUUUUUCAAGAUGGGAAAAAGAAAUCGAUUGGAUGGCUAUGAAUGGUAUUAAUUUAGUCUAUGCAACAACUGGAAUGGAAUAUAUAUAUAAUAAAGUAUUUCUUCGAAUGGGUUUUCCACAAUCAGAACUUGAUGAUUAUUUUACUGGUCCUGCAUUUUUAGCUUGGUUUCGUAUGGGCAAUCUUCAAAAACAUGCUGGUCCUUUGUCAAACAGUUGGCAUCAAUCACAAUUUCAACUUGCUAAACAGAUUAUUCAACGAAUGACAGAUAUUGGAAUGAUACCAGUUUUACCUACUUUUACUGGUUUUAUGCCUCGAACAGCACCAUCACGUUUUCCUUCAGCAAAAUUUUAUUAUUCGUCAGAUUGGGUUGGUUUUGGUUGCAAUGAAUCUUGUUUACCAUAUCUUGAUCCUACUGAUCCAUUUUUUCAAAAAGUUGGAGUCGAAUUAUUGAACGAAACAAUAACAUUACUCAAUUUAACUUCUCAUUAUUAUGCUUGCGAUCUAUUCAAUGAAAUGACACCACCGAUUAGUGAUCUUGAAUAUUUGGCUGAUGUUAAUGCAGGUAUUAUUCAAGUUAUGCAAACAGUUGAUCCAAAUGCUAUUUGGGUAAUGCAAGCUUGGUUAUUUCUAUCCAAUUUUUGGACAGCUGAUCGAGUCAAAAGUUAUCUUAGUAAAGUUCCAAUAGGUCAUUUAAUUCUAUUGGAUCUAUUUUCUGAAGCUAUUCCACAAUAUUCACGUUUUGAAUCGUUUUAUGGACAUUAUUAUAUAUGGAAUAUGUUACAUGAUUUUGGUGGAAAUAAUUUUCUAUUUGGUUCACUUGUUAAUGUUACUAAUGGUCCACAAGCAGCACGAAAUUUUUCCGGUGAUCAUAUGAUUGGAGUUGGUAUAACAAUGGAAGGUAUUAAUCAAAAUGAAAUCAUGUAUGAAUUUGCUCUUGAACAAUCAUGGCGUAGUCCAUUAAAUGAAAUCGAAUUAAACGAUUGGCUCGUUGGUUUUGUUAUGCGUCGAUAUAUAGGUGAUCCUCAAGUACCUAGUUCAGCAUUAUAUGCAUGGCAAUUAUUAGGAAAUUCUGUUUAUCAAAAAAAUCUUUACGGUGAUCGUUCAAUUAUGUUAAGUAGACCGGGACUUUAUAGAGAACAAGAUAUCAAUUUUGAUAUAAAAUCUUUAUUGUUAGCAUGGGAGUUAUUAGUUGAUGCAUCAAAUGAAAUUGAUUCAGAUUUAUUUCGAUAUGAUUUAGUUGAUAUAACUAAAGAAGUUCUUCAAUAUAAAUUUCUUAGUGUUUAUACUCAAUUUAUGUCAGCUUAUAAUCAAAGUGAUCUUUAUGGUGUUAGUACUCAAGCGGCUAUUCUUGUUGAUAUACUAUCAGAUACUGAAUUAGUAUUAGCUUCUGAUCGUCGGUUUUUAUUAGGAAAUUGGAUUCGAGAUGCAUUACAAUUUGCAAAAACUGAAGAAAGUAUUCAUUUUUAUAAUUUUAAUGCCAAACUUCAAGUAUCAAUUUGGGGAAACAAUUAUACAUUAGAUUUGUAUGAUUAUGCAAAUAAAUUUUGGUCAGGAAUGAUUCAAAAUUAUUAUGCUCAACGAUGGUAUGUUUUCUUUGAUGUUGUUAUUCAAAGUCUUAUUCAAGGUCAUCCAAUAGAUUCAAAUCUUUUAGGUGAACGUCUAUUUCUUGAAGCUGAAUUACCAUUUUUUAUGUUAGAUAUCAAAAAUUAUCCAACUAAUACACAAGGUGAUUCAAUUAUGAUUGUUCAUCAGUUAUUUAAUAAAUAUCAUUUAUCUUUUAAUGAUAUUUAUUUCAAAGAAAAAUCUACAAGAAAAACAUUUUCUUUUAAAUAUCAUUUCGAUUAA